AUGACACGGAAGGGCCAGCCCAAGGUUCGGACCGGAUGCUUGACAUGCAAGUCGCGCAAGGUGAAAUGCGACGAAGCAAAGCCGGCCUGCGCUCGGUGCACCGGCACGGGGCGCCGGUGCGAGGGCUACGCCGUCGUGGUCCCCAGCAACCGCGCCAUCGCCCGGGCCCGGUCACGGACGACGCGACUCAGGGAAGCCCUCGCCCAGGCCCGUGCCAGCUGGGCCGGGGGCGGCUCCGAGAAGGCCACCCUGGAAUACUUUGCCCGCGACGUCGCACCCAAGCUGCCGCAGAACCUCGAGAACCAGUUCUGGACCGUGGCCGUGCCGCGCAUGAGUAAGUCGGAGCCCGCCAUCCGCCAUGCCAUGGUUGCUAUCGCCAGCCUCUUCCCCCAGCUACGAUCGUCGAGUAACCCCGUCCAAGGCGAAAACCCCCAGGCCGACGCCCACUACAGCGAGGCCCUCCGGCUGAUGGCGAGGAGAGUCGCGCCCGAGAGAGACGGGGGGCAUCGCCAGAGCUCCUCCAACGACGGGCCCCGAGCCGCCGCCGACGACGACAGCAGGCCCCGCAACCUCUCCUUGACCUCUCUCAGCAGCCGCUCUUCCCCGAGCCUGGCCAAUGCCGCGCCCUACUCCGCCAUACACUCUCCCGCCCCGCUCACGCCGAGCCUGUACAGCAGCAUGCCGGACCUGCCCGAGACCGACCGCUCGAGCAGCCGGGGACCGACGAACCUCUUCGCGUCCCCUCAGAGCCAAGAAGACGACGGCGACGAAGAGCCGACCCACUACAACGACGUGGACGUGGUGUUGUCGUGCUGCAUACUCUUCAUAGCGACCGAGUUCCUGCGCGGCAGCCUCGACGAGGCCAUGCGGCACCUCGCCAACGGCAUCAACAUCCUCAACAACGUCGACUACGCCGAGGUCGACCAGACGACGCUGGACGAGAUCGUCCCCAAGUUCCACCGCCUCAGCAUCAUCCAGCUGUGCUUCUACGACAAACCGAACUUCCCCUCUCUCAACCUCCAGCACGGCCACCGGCCCCGGUACAACCUGGGGCCGUUCGACAGGGGCAGCAGCAUAUACCUGACCAAGCGCGCCGUGGACCCCAUCAUCCUCGACGCCAUACGGUACAUCCGGUCGGCGGACCCGGGCUCGCAGACGGACUCGCGGCUGGCCUCGAGGGGGCCCGUAAUGUCGGAGGAGCAGAAGAGCAUUUGCACGUCCCUCGACAGGUGGCACGCCGCCUUCCUCGCCUUCGUCGACGCCCCCCGGAAGCCGGCCGACCCGCCGCUGCCGAAGCACCAGGGCCUCAUCUGCGCCGAGACGGAGAUGAAGUACCAGACGGCCAAGAUCUGCAUCAGCGUCUGCCGCUCCCACGACGAGUCCGUCUACGACUGCUUCAAGGACCCCUUCAGGCGCAUCGUGACGCUCGCGCGGCUGAUCCUGGACAGCUUCCCAGACGCCGACCCGGCCGAGUUCGCGUUCGACUUCACGACGAGCUACCUGCCGCUGCUCGAGUUCGUCAUCACCAAGUGCCGCUGGCUCGACAUACGGUACGAGGCCUGGCGCAUCGUGCGGGCGCUCGCGACGGAGCGGACGCCGCGCGUGGCGCGCGGCGGCCUCCACCUCGUCGGGCAGCGCAUGAUCGAGAGGGAGCACAACGCCAAGAUGGACGAGGUGACGCGCCACAACGCCGGCCUCUUCUCGCUGCCGGCCGAGGAGAUGCGCGUCAAGGACUACACCGCCGACCCGCGCUUCGCCGACCUGGUCCCCGUCCCGGGCGGCGGCGGCGGCGACGCGAGAGGCGGGGGGCCGCCCAAGGUGCAGGUCCCCUACACGCAGCGCCUGCUGCUCCGGUGCGGCAGCUGCGAGCUUGACGAUCUCGCCGCUUGGAUGGAGAACAAACGCCCUUCUCGCUCUCCUUCUUCAUGA